ACGGCCACCUCGUCCAGGCGGUCCACAAAGUGCGCGUGUCGACGGCAGGCUGCAGGACUCGCGCGGCAUCGAAGGCCCCUGACGGCCUGACCCUGAGUGCAGCCUCCAACUCGUCAUUGGCCAGAGAAGUGGAGCCGCCGGCUGGCCAGAGCGAGUAUUCGGCUCGCAUAGCCGCACACUGCCACGCCCCGUUCCAAGCUGAGCGCAUCCAAUACUGGCUAAGGUAUCUCAUAGCACAAGGUGAAGCUUUUCGUGGGCAUGACGAAUCCUCCACUUCCAUCAACAAGGGCAAUUUCAGAGAGUUAUUGGACUGGUAUAAGGACAAGAAAGAAGAUGUGAAGGAGGCAUUUGAUAAGGGGCCAGGAAACGCACAAAUGAUUUGUUUCGAUAUCCAGAAGGACCUUGCUACAGCCUGUGCAAUGGAGGUAACCAAAGUUAUUAAGAAUGACAUUGGAGAUAAGAAUUUCUCAAUACUUAUUGAUGAAGCUAGAGAUUGCUCAAUAAAGGAGCAAAUGGCGGUGAUUGUCAGAUUUCUAGAUGAUCAUGGAGUGCUUCAAGAGCGAUUCCUUGCAAUUAAGCACAUCACAGAUUGUACAUUUGCUGGAAUUAAAAAAGCUUUGGUUGAUGUGUUGGAAUAUCAUGGUUUGUCAACUUCUAGGCUACGUGGUCAGGGUUAUGAUGGUGCUUCCAAUAUGAGAGGGGAAUUCAACGGUUUGCAAAAACUGGUUAGAGAUGAAGCUCCGUAUGCAUUUUAUGUUCAUUGCUUUGCUCACCAGUUACAGUUGGUGGUUGUCAAUGUGGCUCAAUGUAGUCCUGCUAUUGCUGAUUUCUUCAACUAUAUUCCGUUGAUAGUUACUCAAGUGUGUUCAUCUUGCAAAAGGAAGGAUGCAUUACUUGCCAAACAUCAAGAUGAGUUGUUAGAUUUGAUGGAGAAUGGAAAGAUCACAGCCGGAACCGGGCUGCAUCAAGAAUCUAACAUAACAAGGCCAGGAGAUACUCGUUGGGGCUCACAUCUCAAAACUUUGCUUCGUAUAUUCACAAUGUGGAAUGCUGUGGUGGAGGUGCUAGGAAUUGUUGUGGUUGAUGCCCGAGAACACACAUGUCAAGGUGGAGCUAGAGGUUUGCUUAAAAACAUGGAAUGCUUUGAAUUUGUGUUCAUCAUGUUGUUCUUAAUAAACUUGUUGAGCAACACAAAUCAUCUAUCCCAAGCUUUGCAAAGAAAGAAUCAAAACAUUGUUGAAGCCAUGCGUUUGAUCUUGGAUGUGAAAGAAAGCUUGCAGAGCAAGAGGGACAAUGGGUGGGAGUCUUUAUUCUGCCAAGCCAAGAACUUUUGUGAAACACAUGGUAUUGAUGUGCCAAACAUGGAUGAUCUCGUUGGAGCUAUGGGUCAAUCUGUUCGCACUAAGAAUAAGGUGACUCGACUUCAUUAUUACAAGGUUAGCAUAUUCAAUGUUGCCAUUGAUGCAACUAUCACUGAGAUGAAUCACCGAAUCAAUGAAGUUUCCACCGAGUUAUUGGAUUGUAUGUCUUGUCUUAAUCCAGCAAACAACUUCUCAAAGUUUAACGUUGACGAACUUAUUCGGCUUGCUGAAAUUUAUGAUGAGGACUUCACAGAAGCUGAUCGGUUAAUGCUAGGAGUAGACCUCCCAAGAUUUCUUAUGAACAUUAGGAGAAGUGAGGAGUUUAAUGGAUGUCGGGAUGUGUCCACACUUGCUCGGUUGAUGGUUGAAACAAUGAAACACACAUCUUUCCAGUUGGUAUAUCGCCUCAUUGAGUUGACACUUAUUCUUCCUGUGGCCACUUCAUCCGUUGAGAGAAUAUUUUCAGCAAUGAAGAUAAUCAAGACAGAUUUGCGCAACAAACUAUCAGAUGAUUGUCUAAAUGAUUUGAUGGUGUGCUACUGCGAGAAAGAGAUAUUUAGAAGCAUUCCUGAUGACCAAAUCAUGAUACAAUUCCAGAAAAUGAGGGAUCGGAAAGGACAUUUGCCACAUGAGUUUCAUGUGAUUUCUUAGAGAUGGCUUGUAGGAGGUGCCUUACGCAUACAUUUCUAUAUUUUGGUGUGAAGGUGUUCUAUAACUACAGUACUAGUUAGUAAGAGCAACAUUUCAUUGUCCUUUUGUUGUUACUUCUCUUGUACUUUGAUACCUUGUGUAUGAAUUGUAUUAACAUUUCUAGUAUGGUUAAACAUGUUAUUACUAUUGCUCUUGAAAAUUUUCA